UCCAAUCAUGCUAGCCCUGGACUGAGCAAUCUUUCUGUAUAAAAAAAAAUUGUUCGGCAGUAUUCUUUUUGAUUAUGAUUCUGAUAAAUAUAUUUCGAAAUUAUUCGUGUUCGUCGCUUUGAGAAACCCCAAAAAAAACUAUGGUCUUUGAUGAUGCUUCAUUUACAAUUUCUUUAUCCUCGUUUGUUUUAUACCCUUCCGUAGAUAACCAAGAGUUUCGGAACCAUCAAGAUGAUACGUCUAAUAACUGUACCCUUCCGGCAAUACUAGAGUUUCCCGCAUAUAUGCGAAGGAAGUCAUGGUGGGUCGCUCUACUAUGCACCUUCUUUAGCAUUUAUAUGUUUGUCAUCCUGGCAAUUGUUUGUGAUGAUUACCUAUUGCCGGCCAUGGAGCGAUUGUGUUAUGCUUUAAAAAUGUCAUAUGAUGUGGCCGGAGCCACAUUUCUGGCAGCUUGCACCUCAGCACCGGAACUCUUCGUCAACUUUAUUGGGACUUUCGUAACGCAUAGUGACAUUGGGAUUGGCACCAUUGUGGGAUCAUCGGUUUUCAAUAUUCUGGUUAUUUGUGCCGUUUGCGGCAUACUAACAAGUCCGACGAAAAUAAAUUGGUGGCCAGUGACAAGGGACACCGUGUGGUAUCUUGUGGCCGUUACGGCUCUCGUUGCUGUUAUGUGGGACUCGAGUGUCCGUUGGUUCGAGGCAUUGGCCCUGCUCCUUCUAUAUGGGGUAUAUUUUAUACAACUUCUGUUGGAUAAAAAAAUUCGGAAUCUCUUCAUGUUAGAACCUGCGGAGAAUAACGAGAACCCAAUAGAUCCCAUGGAUGCUGAUGAAGACGAUCAGGUAAAGUCCUUCCGAUCCCAUAUAUGGGGUGUGCCCAAGAAAGGCUCAAAAUGUUGGAAGUGGCUCUGGUGGAUCUUCAAGUAUCCGGCCGAAUUGCUACUCGCUCUAACCAUACCAACUCCCCGGACAGCGUAUCCACUGACCUUGAUAGUGUCCGUGAUGUGGAUAUGCGUAAUCUCGUAUGUGGUUACAUGGUUCAUAACCGUCGUUGGACACAACGUUGGCAUACCGGACUCCAUCAUGGGCAUUACAUUUCUGGCCGCUGGCACUAGUGUGCCCGAGAUAGUCUCCUCGUAUAUUGUGUCCAAGAAGGGACAUGGCGCCAUGGCCAUUUGCAAUGCCGUUGGGUCAAACACCUUCGACAUCUUGAUCUGCCUGGGUUUGCCCUGGUUCCUUCAAGGAUUAAUUAGGAGUGUCGUUCGUUUCGAGUCCUCGUCCCUUCAUAUAACCACCGCCAUGCUUGUGGUGACAGCCUUCAUUAUGUAUUUCAGCCUUCUGGGUUGUCGGUUUACCUUGGGCAAGAUUGUGGGCUGGAUUUGUUUCAUUAGCUACCUAAUCUUCAUAGCAAUUGCCUGUGUCCUGGAGAUGAUGCUUAAAAGGGUUGUCGUCUGUGAUAUCGAGGCGCCGGGCUUUGAGGCAUAUUUGUUAAAUUAAUUUUUUUCUAAAUAUUUAUUUUUGUCUUCCGGAAAAAUCAAAAAAUAUCUAUGUAUUCAAAUUUUUUGUAGAAUUCCAAAUCAAUCAUUCAUUAAACCAUUGCGGAUAAUGUCA